CCCCCCUUUUCGUGGCGCCUCCUGUUUAUCGUCCAGCUAAAAGAUGGCGUUAGCGGCUAGCUAAAACGAUUAUUCUUCGUUUGAUUGAAUUAAUUAUGUCGGUGGGAAUAAUUAGUCAUUGCAAAUACUUUAUCACUCUUGAGAUGGGACUUAAAAACAUAGAUUACAGCACUUGUGUUCGCACAAUAACGCACCGUGAUUGUUUGUUGGGCCUUCUCGCAUACAGAGGCCUGUUUUUUUAGGGAGUGGACGAGAGGUUUACAAACUUCAACUCCCAGCAGCAUUGCUAAGAAGUGGGGUCAAAGGGUAAUUUCUUCCACUUGUCAUGCUGUGACUUGUUAGUGAGGAUAAGCAGAAGAGCAGGUGGGUUGGAGACAAUUAGUGGCAUCAUGGCGUCAAAGCCAGUGCCAGGGAUCCAGAAACAUGGGACAUGGGCAGGCAACCCCAGAGAAGUGUCCUCAGCCUCCCCAGAGACCUCUCUGACCUGGUGCCUGUCACAGCUCUCUAAACCUGGGAGAGCAGCAGCCGAGGACCACAAGCCAGGCACUGCAGGGCCGGACACCAGUGGACACAGACAGCUGGACAAGAGGGUCAAAGCUGGGCAGUGGCGAGCACUGGUGGCCAUCCGCACACAGCACAUUAAAGGAGGAAGCAGUGGGAUAGCUCGAUUCCGAGGCCAGGGUGGACUGCGCACUCUCCUGGACCUGCUAAAGCACCCUGAGUGUUCCAGGAAGACUCUGGACCUGGCUCUCAGCAUCCUGGCUAACUGCUGCACUGAGAGACAGACACGAGUUGAGGUUAGGAAGCUUGAUGGAAUAUCUAUUGUGGUGGGUAUUUUGAAGAAGAAUGUAGCCAUGGAGACGAUUCAGAACAGAGCAGCCCGGGCCUUGGGGAACUUGGCCAUGGACCCAGAGAGUUCCACACUUAUCCACUCUGCCGGUGGUGUUCCACUCCUGCUCCUCUGCGUCUCUCUUGCCUCUGCCCCAUCCCCUCUCUCUGAUGACCCACUGGAAGCCCCUUCCUCUAAACUAGAGUGUGCUCAGUCGGCUGCCCGUGCCCUCCUCUACCUUGCAGACACCCCCUCAAACCGCCUUUUACUGCUCACUCAGGGUACUCUGACUGCUCUCGCCCCGCUCAUUGCUCCAGAGUACCCUCUGGGGCUGAGGAGAGCAGCACUCCGGACCCUCCAUGAGCUCACCAGGAGCUGUGGUGUAGAGUGUGCUAGAGAGGUGUCCCGAUCUGGGGUUCUAGCUCAGCUAGGUGUCAUGGCUUCGGGAGAGGCCGCUAAACCUUUUGAGGAGCUUGCGUUGAAAACGCUGGCCAACAUGUGCACUCAAGGCUGCUUACGUCCUCUGGUAGGUUCCCUGGGGGUAAUUCAGAAGUUUACGGAGGAGGUCAAGAAGGACGGCCUGAAGUCUGGAGUGUUCCUCAAGGCUCUCUGCUUAUGCUGCAAAGAGGCAGUGAACCGGGCCAAAGUGAAGGAGAGUGGCGGUCUGGAGGUGUUGAUUGGCUUCCUUGGUGUCCAUCGGAGCCACCCCCUCGAUCGAUUGGUAAUUCUGGCUUGUGUUGACUUUGUCUAUGACGAAGCUGCCCUGGAACAGUUACAAGAAUUGGGAAUAGUCCCCCUGCUAGUUGCCCGGUUAGUGGAGCUGGCUAAAGGUGAGGAGCCAUCUGCUGGGAAGAUGGAUGUGAGCCUCACCUCUACCAUGUUUGCGUCAGAGCUGCUGUCUACGUCAUGUUUCGACUCAUUUGACUUCCCUCCCCCAGAGGGGAACAGGAAAGAGGAGAUGGGGAAGGAGCAUGUCCUUGGGUCAUCCAGCUUUCUUAGCCUGAGGUCCUGGUUGGUGUCUGAAGGGUUGAUCUCCUCUGAGGGGGAUCUUCUUGACUCUCCUGGAGGCACGGAGGGAGAUUGGGGGAGUCUUCAUAUCCCCUCUUCUUCUCCCCAAACCUCUUCCACUGACUGUCAUUCCCCUUUAAAAUGCUUAUCUCCUACCAGCUCACUACCUUCCUCCACUCCCUUAUCCGCACCCAAAUCUCUGAGUCAAUCCACCCCCUCUACCUCAAUGAGUUCUCCAGCUCAGGUCCACAUGUCAUCUCCCUCAAAAACCGCUGAUCUGCCUCCCUGUGUCCCUUUGCCCUCCUCUACCUCCACCCCCCGAGCCCAGCCCGGCUCCUCUACCUCCACCCCCCGAGCCCAGCCCGGCUCCUCUACCUCCACCCCCGAGCCCAGCCCGGCUCCUCUACCUCCACCCCGAGUCCAGCCCAGCUCCUCUACCUCUUCUCUCCCUUCCCCCACUAUUCCACCCCUCACUUCCGUCUCCCCAUCCAAGUUUUCCUCCCCUCCACGGAAAAGGCCACGUGUCCCCUCAACUACCCGCUCCAGUGUGGUGCCCCUCGACACCCCUCCCACAGUGUCCCGACCCCAGGCCUAUCACCACCCCUACCACCCUGAGCCUUGGGCCCCAGAGUCUCCCAUCCUGCUGCUGCUCUCACGCUUCUCUCACGCCACGGACCCCAGCGCUGCUCUGAUCAACUCAGGCAUCAUCUCUGGCCUACUGUUCUACCUCAGCCAGCAUCAGGACCCCAGCGGCAGGUGCUUCCGCAUGCUGUGCCGGCUGAGCUGCAACCCCAACUGUCUGCAGGCGCUGGUCAGGACUGGCUCAGUGGCUCUGAUCCGCCACCACCUGGUCCAGAGAGGGAGUGACCCUGAGAGUUGGGGAGCUGGAGAGAGGCAGACUGAUAGGGUCAAGUCCAAAGUGAAACAGCUUGGUCUUGCUCUGCUUAGUAAUCUACGUGUUCAGUGUGAGUCUGGAUUUGGUUCUGGAGUCCUGAGCCAUGUGAUGCUGUCAGGCUCAGAGUCAGACAAGCUGAACUGUGCUCUGUCUCUACCACUAGUAAAUGGUAACAAGGUUCUCUUGAAGAAACUUCUUCUAGACAACGGUGGUCUACUCUUGGCUCUGGAGCCCCUUGGAUGUAAUGAGGACGAGGAAGAGGAAGACCAUCACACCAGUGAAUGCCGACGACUCCUCUCAGAUUGUCUCAACUCACCGCAACAUGUCUCUGCCCCCCAGCUCCACUCUCUGUAUUUCUCCCUGCUGAUUGGAUGCCUCUCUAGUCUAAUGGGUUGCCCCAAAACAGUACUGGCUAAAAGAAGGUGCAGGGUACUCAGUCCUAUCAAACCCCUGUCAGUCUCACAAACCGGUAAAGCUUCACCCCCCCCCUUAAAAAAGCCUCGUCUGGUCAAUAUCUGUCCUUACAAUGACUCAACCUUUGACCUCCUCUUCCUGCUGGAUGAUGGGAGCCAGGUGUCAGCCAAUAGGGAAGCAGUGGCUGGGUCGGAGGGAACUGAGGUGGUGGGGUCAGAGUAUUUCAGGGCCCUGUUGAGGGGGGGCUUUGGAGAGGCACAAGGGAGAACUGGGAAGGCCAUCCCCAUCAGGGAUGUGAGCCAAGGCAUGCUGCUACCUGUACUGCACUAUCUGCAUGGCUGUCGCCUGAACAAGGACGGAGAGACUGCAGAGGAACAGGGGGAUGAGACGGAGAGAGAAGGCAGAGGAGAGUGUCAGAUUUUGGGAUCCUUGGCCUCUGAGGGGCUGGGUGUCUGGCGAGACGGGGCAGAAGAACCCUCACCAGAGGCGCAGGGCUUCCAGAAGACCCCCCUAGCUGAGACGAUGAUGGGGGCCUGUAGGUUUUUGGUGACAGAGUUGCAGAGGGAGGUGGAGGAUCUGUGUGUGUCUUUGCUGUCCUGCUCUGCCAAGAAUGCUGGUCGAAUUGCAGAUGUUGGCAAAAAGCCUCCAUCUAACAUGGACCAAUAUGGAUCAGAGGGAGAGUCUGCUGACGAGAGCCUGGCAAACCGCACAUCUGGACUAGAGUUGAGUGGUUCUGAGGCCCAGACAGACUCCUUGGCCCCCACAGUGACGGCAGGCCAGGCUGAGUCACUACAUGGCUCUGAACUCCAACCCUGUCAGCAGACAGAGGGUAGACGGCACUCUGCCCCUGGACCAGGCCAGAAGGGCAUUAGUGCACCAAAGACAACCUCAGGACUGGAGACUUGUGUCAAUCCGCUGAAAUCAAGUUCUGCCUCAAAGUGCUGCAAAAGACGUUCUAAACUGCGGAGUGUUUCAAACACACAGAAGGUUGCGGAUUCUGUACAGGACUCUAAAGUUGGUCCUGGUAGAUGGACCCUCCUACCACAGGUGUAUUGGUUUUCCCAACGGUACAGCUAUCCUGGACUGGGCAGGGCCUGCCUGUCCCUACUGCUGGGCUCUCAGGGCUUCUCUCAGCCCCGCCCUUCUUCCCUGGCUGCAGACUGCCUGCGCAGACUGGCCAGAGAGGCAGACUGUACAGAGACUCUGAAACGUGACCUAGUGAGUCUGGCCACCAUGGCCCUGAGCUGAGAGGGGGAGGGCUAGGAGGAAAGAGGGGUGUUGGGUGGGGAUGGAGGUGAGGGGUGGAGAGGGGAGGAGAAACAGAGGAUCAAAUAAAAUAUUAGGGAUGGUAUGAGAUCAUGUGAUUGUCUCUCCAAUGACACUGAAGUUAACGUUUGUCAUUGUGAAAAGUCUUCACAACAUGAUUAGCCUUCCUUCCUUGUGAAUAUCUGUCUUUGUCUCACAACAAAUAACCUUUAUAUUCCAAUAUUGGUGUUUACAAAGUAAUUGAAGUUUGAAUUAUUUUCUUCAGAAUAUUACAUUUAUAUUUAAAGGAGUCAUGCUGCCAUUUAAAGGGAUGGGUUCUCAGACAGAAUCAUGAGGGAAAUCAUUUUUAUCUCAUGGUGCACUGUAAAUGAAGUUGUAUUAUAAUUAAAACAUAUUAGCAUAAUGUAAUAUGCUAAAUACUUUUGUUGCAUGUAACGUUAACUUUUUUUAUAUUUUCAGUUUGAUUUUGAAAUAUACACAGCUGUCCUGUAAAUGUCCUGUAUUGACUUGGAUGACUCUAAUAAUCAGGGUGGGACUGGGUGCCAUGUUGUAUAUGCUGUAUAUAAAGUGAACUUUAGGAGUAGCUGCAAGGUGACGAUAACAGAUCAGCUUUCACUCGUCUCAUGUGAAUCAACGCUCCUCAAUAAAUCUGUUUAGACGUC